AUGUUCAAGUCCCCUAGUCUUUAUCCCAAAUCACCUGCCUUCAUUCCGUUUGGCGCCAACGAUGACGAGCUGGAGAAGCGGAAGAUUAGGGAGGAGCGUCAGGCAGCUCAGCGUAGGCUCACACUGGAGGAUAACCUUGACCAGAUCAACGUCAAGAAGCUUGAACGUGCCAUUGUCACGGACCCCCUUUUCACGAAAACUUCUGGUCAAUUCGACGAGGGGGGAGCAAGCGGCUUGCUCCUGUACAAUCUCCCUGUGUUCAACGGGUGCGAGAUCAUGUUCGAUUCGGAGGCCAUCAUCGUGAACCCUUCACGCACGCAGCCGGAGGAGCAGGGGAAGGAUUACGUGGACAUUUCCUUUGCAUUUCGCGAAGUGGAGCUCCUCCUGAGCGCGGAUGACCCCGAGAGCUGGGAAAUCACUCCGUCCAUCUCUGCUCUCUACGAGCUGGCUGAUGAUCACCGUUGGAAGGCAGCUGUUGGUGCCAGUGCCAAGGACUCCUCUCAUGACAUGGAUGGGAAUGCUGUUAGAAGCGCAGAGGGAUUUAAGGCGUUUGAUGCGGGAGAUGAGCCAGUGGGUGGGGUGGGAGGAAGGUUUCCGUUUGGAGAUGAUAAUGACGAUGGCUCUGUGGUCGAUUUUGGUGGUGGUGGAGAUGAUGGGUGGAAUGAUGAUGGGUGUGGGUUCGCUGGCCCGCCGUUUGCUGGUGCUGAUGCUCCCGGGAUGAUCCCAGCGGGGGAUUCUGAUGGGGAGAAUGGAUAUUCGGAUGUUGAUGAUGGUAUGGACGCUGCGGAUUGGCUAGCAGCAGGCAUGGGGAUGACGAGGCUCAAGGGGAGCAACGCGUGGGCUGGGCCUAAGCACUGGCACUUUGUUAAGUCCAAGGAGGAGGCGCCUGCAGCAGCUCCUGAGGCAAAGGGGAGGAAGAAGAGAGCAGCAAAGUCGGAGCUUAUUGACUUCUCAGACCCUCAAAUAGAUGAGUCCUUGUUUCAGGCCCCUAAAGCGCUGAAGGAAAUUCAGUUGACCAAGGCUGGUCGCAAGGUGGUGAAUACCUUGCUUCCGAAGGACUACCACUAUGAUGGGCGCAAGUUGGCAACGGCUUUUAUUAGCUCGAAUUGGAACUUCUUGGCUCGGAAGGCCAGGGGGCGGGGUGGGGAGAAGCAGGGGUUCGGGGAUGGAGGCGGUGGAGAUGGGUUUGCAGCGGUUGGUGGCAGUGAAGACGUUUUUGAGGACGCGUGGGGAGGGGACGAGUGUGCUGAUCCGUUUGACUAUGGAGACGAUUUUGAUGGGCAAGGGGAUUCUGCAGAGGUGAAGCCAGCAGAUGAUUUCAUGGAGGAUCUGGUUCCAAUGCCAAAGAAGGCACAAAAGAUUGACGUCAACUAUGCGAGACAGUCAAAGCAGGUGGAUGUGAAGAUUUUGAAAGACACUAUCUGGGUGGAGCUGCAACGGCGCCAUGCCCAUGAGAGGGAGGAGCAGCAGGAUGAUGACGAAUUCUCCUCCGGCCCGAUCAGCUUCGAUCGAGUGCUCCAUAAUUUCCCGGCCAACUGCAGGGCUGCUGCACUGAGUGACAUUUCAGUGCACCUGUGCUUCAUCUCUGCAGCCAGAUCUGCCCCAGAGCUCCCCGCGCGCUCCUCCCCCUGGGGCAUCUUCUCCCUCUUCUCCUCCCCCGCAUCUCCGCCAACGCCCCUGUCCGGCGGAGCUCCCCCUGGAUCGUCGUCAACAGCUGCGCCUCCCCGCCCCCCCUUGCUGUAUCGCAUGCGAGGGGCGUUCAGUUUCCUGCUCGCCCUCAACCUUGUGCUGGGAGGGGCGUUCAGUUUCCUGCUCGCCCUCAACCUCGUGCUGGGAGGUGUGACUGUAACGGGGGAUGGCGCUGGUGGUGGUGCUGGGGAAGAAUCUGGGGUGCCCGGGAUGGCUUAUACCGGCGGGCAGGUGUCGAAAAUUGACCUGGACGGGCAGCUGGAAGUUUUGAAGUGGAUAUUGGAAGCGAAGAGACGGGAGCAAGUGGGGGCGAGUAGGGAGGAGGGGAAGAGGAUAGAUGAGCAGAAGAGAUCCCUCCCUCUCCCUCAUGUGACGUUCACCCAUGAGGAAGAGGGAGGCACCAGUGGCUGCAGACCCUCCUCCUCGUGUAUAGCGCGAUGUUAUACAGCACAUCAGACCAAGCGUCAGGCACACCUGGUCCCUCCUCCCUCCUCCUCAUGUGAAGUUCCUCCGCACGCCCAUCAGGAUGUUAUACAGCACGUCGGACCAAGCGUCAGGAACACCUGGUCCCUCCCUCCUCCUCAUGUGAAGUUCCUCCGCACGCCCAUCAGGAUGUUAUACAGCACAUCGGACCAAGCGUCAGGAACACCCGGUAGGCACCAGUGGCUGCAGUCGCGCCCGUUCAGAAACAGGUGGGCGUCUGGGCGCAUAGCGCUCAUGUAG